CAAAAAGUAAAUACUUCAUUCGUCUCAAAAUUAUUGUUCAGUUUGAAUUUUCAGUAGACAAUAAUUUUGAAAUUGAGAUAGUAGUAAUUUCAAAUUGUGUCGAAGAAUUACGUCUACUCAAAUCAAAAAUGAAAUAUUGCAAUAUCUUUUCUAGACAAAUACUACAUUUGUUUUCGAGGCAAUGAUAAAAGUCGACAUGGGCAAACAAACUUCAAAUUGAAGUUAUGUGUGUACCCUAAUUUUUUUGACCAAAUGAUCAGAAAAGGAAUGUUUUAUUUAGAUUAUCUUAGCUUUAGAAAAAGAAAUAGGAACAUAAAAAAACAGAAAAGCAGAAAGCAACCAGACCAUAUAAUUAGUAGCUUAAAGACACAUGCAAGGAUGAUCCCAUGAGCCAAAUGAUGAAAUCCACAGCAUUUGAACCUACAAACCGCCAUUUUGACACGAUUUUUGAUGCAAAGAACAAAUCAAAAAGCCAAAAAAGCAUAUCGAAAUCCAUGUCGUCCCAGAUGAACUGUUGUUCUCAAUACCUCAUUGUCUUCUUCUUCUUCCUUGCUGCCACGCUCCACUGUGCCAAACAAUUCAAUCUUCAUGGCCCAGAGAGUGUACCAGGUCUGGAAAGGAAAAAAUAAAUUCUUGCUGAAAGGGAGGCUGAUAUUCGGGCCUGAUGCAAGCUCAUUAAUUGUUACCCUAAUGCUCAUCCUUAUCCCUGUUAUCAUCUUCUGUACAUUUGUUGCGAGGAAUCUUAUUAAGGAAUUCGCUGCUCAAACUGCUGGAUAUGCAGUUUAUCUGGUGGCAAUCAUAUUUACCAUCCAAGUCCUUGUACUUCUCCUUUUAACCUCAGCUCGUGAUCCUGGAAUUGUACCCCGUAGUCCUCAUCCUCCAGAAGAUGUUUCUGGGUAUGAUUCAUCAGCCUCUGUUGAAGUUGGUGGAGCACAAAGUCUACAGCUUCCUCGUACUAAAGAGGUAUUUGUUAACGGUCUUCCUGUAAGAAUCAAGUAUUGUGAAACAUGCAUGAUCUACCGUCCACCAAGGUGCUCCCAUUGUUCAGUAUGUGAUAACUGUGUAGAGCGAUUUGAUCAUCAUUGCCCAUGGGUUGGACAAUGCAUUGGGAAGCGCAACUAUCGUUGCUUCUUUCUAUUUGUUUCUUCAUCGGCCCUUCUGUGCGUAUUUGUCUUCUCAAUGUCAGCGUUAUACAUGAAGUUCCUGAUAAAUGAUUAUGGAACUGUUUGGGAAGCUGUAAAAGUAUCGCCUGCUUCAAUGGUGUUGAUGGGGUACUGUUUUGUGUUGUUUUGGUUCGUCGGGGGCCUCACUGGCUUCCAUACUUAUCUCAUAACCACAAAUCAGACCACGUACGAGAAUUUCCGUUACAGAGCACAGAACUCGAUCAACGUUUAUGACCGAGGUUGUGGAAACAAUUUCGCUGAAGUAUUUUGCAGAAGAAGAGAAUCUUCAAAAAUCAAUUUCCAUGGUCUUGAGAAUGAAGAGUUAUCAAAGCCUCCAAAAGGCUCGAUCCCGGCAAUGCCAAUCGGAAAUCCUGACGAGACCAGGCGUGUGAAGGUGGAACAUAGUCUUGAGAUGGGGAAUGACCUUUUAAACAUUUCCCAAUGGCAUGAUUCUCAAGAAGCUGCAGACAUCCGAACUAGAGCUACAGGCGGUUAGCCUCGGCAAUCUUUAACGUUGUCUAGUAGACAUUCGAGUUAGCUGCUUAGCUUCAUAGGUUGGGUCGUCUUGUUUGAAUCUCUAUUUUUUGCUCGAAGUUGGAUGGUAACGCUGCGGUUGAGGCAUUUGGACAAAGCAACAACUUGCAUUGUGAUUGGACAUUAGUAACUAAUAGAACCAGUAUGGAAUGAAAUGAAUAUACUUUUUUUCCCCUCAAACCACAGAGUCGUUGGUUUUGCUAUUCACAUUGGUUCUAUGGUUCUUGGGAACUACUUUGGCGAUUGGAAACAUGUACCAAGAACAAGUAUCCUGACAUGUAUGGAUUCGAUCGCUUUUUCUUUUCGCGGAAUAUUUUUCAUCAUAAAGACUUUUCAAGAAUUCUCAUUAGUCAUUUCACUCAAUUUGUAUGGAGUGAACUUUCAAACUGAAAAGAUGACAAAAACAGGGGACUCAAAAACCGGCAGAUAUUGUGUCCUUUUGCCUUUUAAGCUCAAAAAAUCUUCAGCUGCGCCUUAGACUGAAAACAAAAAAACUCUCUGUCACUCAUGCAUAAAUCCUGAUCCCAAACUCUGAAGAACCCCCAAAAAUUUAAGUUCCCCGGCAAAGUUCAAUUAAUUUGGCAGAGUUCAAGAGAAGGAAGAUAGUUUACGUUUAUAGUUGUCUCCCACAAUUCAGCUUCUUCAGGGUUGAUGAUGGUGGUGAUUUUUUUACAGGUAAGAUCUCCAAAUUUCAGCGUAUUCCACAAAUUUAUCACAAAUUUCCAGACCCUGGAAUCUGACUCUAUAAAUUUUGCUUCGUCACAGAAGGGACAGCUUGAUCUUCACAAAAGUGUUGCGCCUUCUUCUUCUUCAAAGGUUUUCAAAGAAAGAAUCACCGUCUUCUUCACAUCCAGAACUCUGCAUCUUUUGAGUGAAUGGAUUCACUCGGUAGCAGAGGUUUCGAUGACAAUAAGGCACGUAACAAAAUCGAUCUGCUCGAAAGAACUGUUGAGAUAUCAUUGCAAAAAUCUCGAUUUGGUAAUACAACUUACCGGCAAAACAUCUCUCAGUGCGGACAGGGUGAGGCACCUAAACAAGCUGACAUUUGAAGCUGUAGUUGGAGGGAUGUGACCGGGAACAAGGCGUAAUCAACCGCUAGGAUUGGAUUGGAUGAAUGUUGUUCUAUGAAAAUGUAUUCCCAAUCCUUGAUUUAAUGUGUAACUUUAUCUCUGUAAAGGAAUCUAUCUCCAUAAAAUACACUUUCUGGGCACUCUGUUCUUCCACCACCACCAAUUGAAAUCCUGAAGAAAAAUCUUAUUGUGCCUCUUGACAUCUCUCUCUGGCUUUCAAUCACAAUCCCUUGGAAUCUCCACUUGUGAUCCUUCACUACAAGCUUUUACCUCAUCAUGAUCCUUGCCGGUUGCCUCUUUUGUAUCUCUAGAUACUUCAAUGAAAUAACAAAACCUUAACUUCCUAAUAAGAAUCCUAGACAAAAUAGAGUCUCAUUGUGAACAUGCAAAACUGUUGAUAUCUAAAAUUUCUGUGGGAGAUUUAAAGUUUGUAUGAUAUUUGGACAUUUUUGGUUCCCAGGUUUUCUGCUUCAAUUAAAGCCAGUAAACGCUGUCAUGC